UCCGCUCCUCUCCCCGCUCAGUCCGCGGGCCGUGCCGCCUGCUCCCGCCGCUCCGGCAGCCACCCCGCGGCGCGCCCGCCGGGGUCCCCUUGCUCUCAGGUCUGGCUCCUGCCUGCCCGGGACCCGCCCCGCCCGCCCUGCCCGGCCGCUCGGGAAGAUGCGGCUGCUGCUGCCGGAAUGGCUCUUCUUGCUCUUUGGCCCGUGGCUCCUGAGGAAGGCCGCCAGUGUCCAGCUACCAGAGUCCAGGAGGCCGCAGUACCUGGAACUUCGCCCUGCCGAGGCCGCAGGGGGCGCCCCUGGCCAUCAGCUCCCGGCACCGCCGCGGUCCACCGAUGGCCUGGGAACCGCCCGCGCCUGGAGCUGGGCCUGGCCGGCUAAUCACACUGGGGUACUAGCCCGGGUGGGGACGGCAGGGGCGCCCGCGCAGCGCACCAAGAGAAAGCCGUCUAUCAAAGCGGCCCGCGCCAAAAAGAUCUUUGGCUGGGGAGACUUCUACUUCCGGGUGCACACUCUCAAGUUCUCCCUGCUGGUGACCGGUAAGAUCGUGGACCAUGUGAACGGUACCUUCAGCGUGUAUUUCCGCCACAACUCGUCCAGCCUGGGCAAUCUCAGCGUCAGUAUCGUGCCGCCCUCCAAGCGUGUCGAGUUCGGGGGUGUCUGGCUUCCAGGGCCCGCCCCCCACCCUCUGCAGUCUACACUGGCCCUGGAGGGGGUGCUCCCUGGGCUGGGGCCCCCGCUGGGGAUAACGGCCGCAGGGCCUGGGCUAGGCGGCACCCUCGGGGGCGCGCUGGCGGGUCCGCUUGGGGGCGCUCUGGGAGUACCCGGGGCCAAAGAGUCACGCGCUUUCAAUUGCCACGUGGAGUAUGAGAAGACAAACCGCGCGCGCAAGCAUCGCCCGUGCCUGUACGACCCAUCGCAGGUGUGCUUCACCGAGCAUACGCAGAGCCAGGCCGCCUGGCUCUGUGCCAAGCCCUUCAAAGUCAUCUGUAUUUUCGUCUCCUUCCUCAGCUUUGACUACAAACUGGUGCAGAAGGUGUGCCCAGACUAUAACUUCCAGAGCGAGCACCCUUACUUUGGAUAGCGCGCCCCGCCCUCGCCAGGGUCUUGAACUUCCCGCGAAAUCCCGGACUCCCUAAGUGGGACCCUUCCCAGUGCCCCGCAGCUCCUGUGGCCGCGUCCACCCCUUCCACUCUGGGACGGAGAGGAACAGCCCUCCUGGGGACUAUCAGCCGGUAUGGGUCCCCUUUUCCUCAAGGGGAGUGCCCACAGGGCUGGGUAUAGCCCAUGCCUACAGCCUGAAGUGGAGGAGCAAGAGCGCAGCCCUAGAAUAGGCGGGGCUUGGAGGCGGUCCCAGCGUCCGCAAUAGGUUCCUAAUACGCCCCUGGCGCUGGGCUGGAUACUCCCUUUGCCCGCGGCUUUAAUAACGCCUGGCCUGGCAUCCUCAUCCCAUACUGACUUCCUUAUCCGCAGACGCUUGUCCUCCACCCUGUGCCCACGUAAAGACCGUAAAGGUCUAGAAACCUCGGGCUGUUCUAUCCCCUUCUGCCUGCCAUAUGCCUGGCCCCCUUUCCCGCAAACUUCAGUAAGUAGAGCAGCGGAUGCAGAACUCCUGGGCAUAGACUAGGGCCCCAGCCCUCUGCCCACCUCUCUCUGGUCCCUGCUGUCCUGCUCCACCUUUCUGGCUGCUUCCUCUCUGUGAUUUUUUUUUUUUUUUUCUACACCAAAACAGACGGGAAAGGGAACAAAAUAAAGUGAAAUCCAAUACACAUCUGUGUGAGACUUUUGUUGGGAAGGGUAAUAGUGGUGCGGGUUUAUGUUUGGCAGAGACCUGGCCAGGACCACCUCCCUUGGCGGCUCUGGGGACACUGAGGCAAAUAUUGUGGAAGCUAGCACGUCGGAGGUCAUCCAAGGCCAGGUCAGAUACAGAAGAGGGCGACGCCUGGGGUAGGAGCCCUGCUUGAGAUGGGGAUUUUCCUUCCAGAGCUGGGCUACGUGAAUCUGCCGGAAAUGGGAUGGAGAUUAGACCUGAAAGGGGACCACCUGCGGACUAUUUGGGAUUAUUUGGGGGAGGAGAUAUAGGGCCUUGAUUGGGAUGGUAAAGCAGGGACGACGUAGGCAGAGCGCUGACAACCUGCUAAGCCUUCCUUCGUCUUGAGUCCUGGGUCAAGGUAUGACUAGGAGAGAGCGGUUCUCCAGAGGAUUGCCCACUGGCUCCAGCGGGAAACUGAGUCAGAGGCAAGAGGCUCUGACGCUGGAGCUGCAGACGGGUAAUGAAACUGAAGAAGAGGGGAGAAAACUACAAUUCCCGAAAGACCAUAAGGGACUACAUUACGCAUGCGCAGACCCCGCCCUAACUCUGGCAUCCUGGUAACUUCUCGCGCUUGCGCUCUCGGACUAGUCUGCUCCGGAACCCUUGUUCUCCUUCGCUAGAGUUGGUGCCGGGACCUCUUGCGACCCUCGUCUCGUGUUAUGAUGCUGCCCUUCCCUUUUCUUUGGGCGACUAGGGCUCUGCAGGAAGACUGCAUUCCUGUGGGUGGGGACUGCCCCUGAGUUCCAGAGGCUUCUAGAGGAAGAACUUUGCCCUGAGGCUUUGCAGAGUGGCUCCUGAGCAGAGGUGGAGGGAGAUUCUGAGGUGAAGUGAAUGGACCGAAUCAGAACCACACUUUGGACAUUGAUCUCUACCUUGGCUCUGGAACUGGCUUUUGAGAAGGUGGAGGUGGUGAGAGCUGGAACAGACAGACAGCUGGCUGCUGGCCUCUGUGGAGAUGUGGUCAGCUGGUCAAGAUGGCCAUAAGGAGCCAGCACAGCGAGGCGGCCCAGACCCAGACUGGAGAAGCAACCAAGGGCUGGUCAGGCCAGGAGAGUCUAUCAGACAGUGACCCUGAGAUGUGGGAGCUGCUGCGGAGAGAGAAGGACAGGCAGUGUCGUGGCCUGGAGCUCAUUGCCUCAGAGGUGGGGCCUGGGGAGAGGGGCCAGGGCUUGGGCCACCAUGGAUGCUGGAAGUAACAGAUCAUCUUCUUGCCAUUUCUCCAGAUCUCCCUUUCAGACUUAGGGCCUUCCUGCUGGGUAUUGUCUCCCUCUGUUGCUAACCUCUGAAGUAAAGGCAGGGCCAAUCUAGGUUAUGGGAUGGGGGCAUUAGAAAGCUUCUAGAGUGGAGCUCCCACUGUGGUGCAGCAGGAUUGGGGAGGUCUUGGAAACUCCUGGGAUGCGGGUUCGAGUGACGGUCCAGCACAGUGGGUUAGGAUCCAAUGUUGCUGCAGCUGCGGCUUAGGUCUCGACUGUGGCUCUGAUCCCUGGUCCUGGAGCUCCAUAUACCAGCGGCGUAGCCAAAAAUGACUAAAAAAAGAGAAAGCUGGAGUUCUUAUCGUGGCACAGCAGAAAGGAAUCCGACUAGGAACCAUGUGGUUUCGGGUUUGAUCCCUGGCCUUACUCAAUGGGUUAAACAUCCGGCAUUGUCGUGAGCUGUGGUAUAAGUCGCAGGUGCGGCUCGGAUCCUGAGUUGCUGUGGCUAUGUGUAGGCCAGCAGCUGUAGCUCCUAUUGAACCCCUAGCCUGGGAACCUCCAUAUGCCACAGGUGUGGGCCUAAAAA